GGCUCGAGCCCGUGGCUCAGAUGCGAAGCCUGUCGGCUGCGAAACCCCCUCUCCGUGUGGCUGCGCCCCCAUGGCGCCAGGGGCCGGCAGCUGCCUGCGGCCGCACGGCCGGCGCUCGGCCCGGCUGCUGGGUGCUGGCUGCUUGCUGGUGUCGCCAGCAAUGGUUCACGCGCGGCGCAUGCUCGUGCGCGGCGUGACGAUCGGCCCCGACGAAGGCGGCGGGGCCUCCCGACAGCCGCCCGCGGACAGCUUCACCCUGAACCUCACCGCGCAGAGCGCCCCGGCGAACGGCACCGACGUGCCGUCCACCUCCCCGGCGGCCGCGGGCCCGCAGCUGGCCGCCGCCCGG